GCAUUUUCUUAACAUAACCUGGCUCACACGGUGGCGCAGAAGAUCCUUUGCCGGCCCAAAAUGGCGCGCACUGCUCGCCUAGUUGCCUCGCCUCGCUGUAUAACACCUUGGCAGCAGGCACCAAACCGAUCGAUUAACCAAUCCAACUGAACUCAACCAAUUCCAUCCCGUAUCUCCACUCCAAAUCCCAAGAAACCUCGCUCGCCUACGUUCGACGUUCCGACUUCCGACCAGCACAGCACGACGCCAUGAGCGGCGCCACCGCGGACGCCCCCGCCGCCGCCGACGUGGAGAAGGCCGGCGUGUCGGGUGGAGGUGACGCCGGCGCCUCAGGCGGAGGAGGCGCGGUGGGCGCCAUCAUCGGGCGCUGGCGGCGGCAGGACCUCCUGGACAAGUCCGGGUCGGCGCUGCGCGCGGCGGCGUGGGCGUUCUCCCUGCUCGCCUUCCUCAUCAUGGUCUGCAACGAGCACGGCGACUGGAAGCAGUUCGACCGCUACGAGGAGUACAGGUACAUCGUCGCCGUCGGGCUGCUGGCGUUCGUCUACACCACGCUGCAGCUGGUGCGGCACGGCGUCCGGCUCAACGGCGGCCAGGACCUGCAGGGCAAGGUCGGCCUGCUCGUCGACUUCGCCGGAGAUCAGGUGACGGCGUACCUUCUGAUGUCCGCGCUGUCCGCCGCAGUCCCGAUCACCAACCGCAUGCGCGAGGGCGCGGAUAACGUCUUCACGGACUCCUCCGCCGCCUCCAUUAGCAUGGCAUUCUUCGCCUUCGUCUGCCUCGCGCUCUCUGCCCUCAUUUCAGGUUUCAAGCUCUCCAAGCAGACCUACAUAUGAGCCUGGCUGCACUACAUUCCGACUGUGCUUCCUCUGUAUAUUCUCGAUCCGUUCUUGCUGGUGGGUGUUGUGGUAAUACCGUACGCAUAUUACUUGGUUUCUUCAAUUCUUCUGUAUAACUUGGUGUGCAUACGUGAUUACAGGAAUUGAUGGUCGCUUCUUUUGCGUGUGUUUUAGGUGUUCAGAUUGUAAUGCCCAAUUAUGUAAUUAUUAUGUUUCCACGACAAAUGAACGGGAGUGCGUGCGUGUCCAAUUGAUUCUUUGAAGAUUAA